UUACGUUACUGAUCAUGAGCAUCAAAUCCCACGGGAUAGAAAAAACCAGGAAGAGGAGAGAAAAAUGGUUCCAGAGGUGGUAUUGAGCUCUGGCCAUAGGAUGCCAGCGCUAGGCCUGGGAACAGUAGCCUCCCCCCUCCUCCCCAAUGAACUUCUCUCCUCCAUCUUCAUUGACGCCAUCAAGCUUGGCUACCGACAUUUUGACACUGCUUCUCUCUACCAGACUGAAGAGGCCCUAGGCCUAGCCAUAGCCGACGCACUCAAGCAAGGCCUGAUCGCYGGCCGGGACGAUCUUUUCAUUACUACCAAGUUAUGGUGCACCGACGCCCACCCCGACCUCGUCCUCCCCGCCCUCAAGGCAUCUCUUCAGAAACUUGGGCUGGACUACGUAGACCUCUAUCUCGUUCAUUGGCCUGUAAGGGUGAAACAUGAAGCUCACCCUAUCCGUUUUGCAAAGGAAGACCUGCUCCUCUUCGAUAUGAAGGGGACAUGGGAAGCAAUGGAGGAGUGUCAUAGUCUGGACCUUGCCAAAUCUAUUGGUGUCAGCAACUUCUCUUGCAAGAAACUCUCUGAUCUUCUGGGUCAUGCCUCUGUCCCCCCUGCAGUGAACCAGGUUGAAAUGAAUCCUGCAUGGCAACAGAACGAGCUGAGGGAAUUCUGCAAAGAGAAUGGGAUUCAUGUCUGCGCCUGGUCACCUUUGGCGGCAAAUGGAGCUUCAUGGGGUUCCCUUGCAGUCAUGGAGAGUCCAAUUCUCAAAGAUAUUGCCAUGGCCAAGGGAAAGAGUCUGGCACAGAUUUCACUGAGAUGGAUACAUGAGCAAGGGGUGAGUCCAAUAGUGAAGAGCUUCGACAAGGAGAGGAUGAAAGAGAACCUCCAAAUCUUCGAUUGGGAAUUGAGUGGUGAAGAAUUGGACAAGAUAAGCAGGAUUCCUCAGAGAAGAGGAUUUUCAGGAGAAAUGUUUGUUUCACCAAACGGGCCUUAUAAGUCAAUAGAAGAAAUUUGGGAUUGAGUAACGGUCAUCUUUUCAACUAUACAUGGAGAUGUAAUUUUAGCUCUUCUAGUUUUUUGUCGUUUUCCCAAAAAACUAUAUAUGAGAAUAUAUGAACUUGUGAAUUCUUUCUAUGAAUGUUUCUUCCUUUUUAUUUCUAUA